AUGCAUUUCUAUGAAAUGCCCGUAACCCGUUGUUCCGGUUUUUUUCUCCAUCGAAUCGUCAUUCCUACGGAUGUUUCCGGAGCUAAUGAGGCUGGCAUCGACGUGGCCGUGACCGAUGACUCUGUCUUUUGUAGCCCUGCCAAAAUCUGCCAAAAAUCCUUUGAACUGCCCCGCUUCAAUGAGCGCUUCACCGGACUGCCAUAUCGAUUCGUGUACGGAAGGACGAUACUAUACGCUGGGCAGGAACAUCGGCUUCCCGGGGUGGUCAAAAACGAUGUCAACCGCGAUGGAACAGUAAUCUACUACAAGGACGAUCCGGAGCAACUUUUCGGAGAGCCUGUUUUCGUACCAAGUCCGAACGGAACGGCCGAAGAUGACGGGGUGAUCUUGGUGCCGGUGAUGAGCGCCAAUAAGCGGCAAAAGCCAAUUUUCAUGAUUGUCGACGCAGAAGCCUUCGCGAGAUUUGCCGCUACGUUCCACCCGUUCCACGAAUCCCCAUGGGCUUUCACGCAAUAUUCGUCGAUGCGGCAGCUAGUGACAAAGAACA